UCCGGGUCAAGAUGGCGGCCGCGUUCUUGUUGCUUCGCGCUCUCCGCCUGGGUCCCGGGCCAGGGCCUGGGCGGCUGCGGGGCCCUUACUCUGGCUGGAACCCAGGCAGCUCCGCCAAGACCGGGUGGAGGUGGCCGUAUGUUGUCCACAGGCCUCUGAUGGGUGUCGUCGGGCCUGGAGGCCGAGUCCUGCAGAGUUUCCAGUUGCGACUGCUAACCCCUACGUUUGAAGGAAUCAGCAGAUGGUUGGUGAAACAGCAUCUCGUCCAGAAUCCAGUCGGACUCUGGAAACUUCUAGGAGGCACGUACUACUUUAACACCUCAAGGUGGAAGCAGAAGACUAAAGGCAGUGAUAAAGCCAAGGGGAGGAGCCCUGAAGAUGACGAAGAGGAGCGGCGGCGCCGGGAACGCGAGGACCAGAUGUACCGCGAGCGGCUGCGCACGCUCUUUGUCAUCGCUGUGGUCAUGAGCCUGCUGAACGCGCUCGGCUCCAGCGGCGGCAACAUCUCCUGGAGCGACUUCGUGCACGAGAUGCUGGCCAAGGGCGAGGUGCAGCGGGUGCAGGUGGUGCCCGAGAGCGACGUGGUGGAGGUGUACCUGCACCCUGGCGCCGUGGUGUUCGGGCGGCCUCGGCUGGCCUUGAUGUACCGAAUGCAGGUGGCAAACAUCGACAAAUUUGAAGAGAAGCUUCGAGCAGCUGAGGAUGAGCUGAAUAUCGAAGGCAAGGACAGGAUUCCGGUUUCCUAUAAGCGGACGGGAUUCUUUGGAAACGCCCUCUACGCCCUGGGGAUGACAGCCGUGGGCCUGGCCAUCCUGUGGUAUGUUUUCCGUCUGGCUGGAAUGACAGGACGGGAAGGCGGAUUCAGUGCUUUUGAUGAGUGCACAGUGGACGUCAGCCUGGACGUCGUCCGGCAGCUCUUCUUUCCUUCCGCUUGGCUGACCUGGGCGGGGCGCAGCACCGGCUCCAGCCGAGGCCCCCCUCCUGGCGUUUGGAUGGCUGAGCCAAGGGGUUUACACUGCACUGUGUCCUGCAUUUUGCACUCUCAGCUGGACGUGACUAUUUGGGGGUUUCCCCUGCUAGCUGAGACAGCUUUAAAGAAUCAGCUUAAAAUGGCUCGCUUCACGAUUGUGGAUGGCAAGACGGGGAAAGGAGUCAGCUUCAAAGAUGUGGCAGGAAUGCAUGAGGCCAAGCUGGAGGUCAAGGAGUUUGUGGAUUAUCUGAAGAGCCCAGAGCGCUUCCUUCAGCUCGGAGCCAAGGUCCCGAAGGGCGCGCUGCUGCUCGGCCCCCCCGGUUGCGGGAAGACGCUGCUGGCCAAGGCGGUGGCCACAGAGGCCCAGGUGCCCUUCCUGGCGAUGGCUGGCUCGGAGUUCGUAGAGGUCAUUGGAGGCCUCGGCGCGGCCCGCGUGCGGAGCCUCUUCAAGGAAGCCCGCGCCCGGGCCCCCUGCAUUGUGUACAUCGACGAGAUUGACGCCGUGGGCAAGAGGCGCUCCACCACCGUGUCCGGCUUCUCCAACACGGAGGAGGAGCAGACGCUCAACCAGCUGCUGGUGGAGAUGGACGGAAUGGGCACCACCGACCAUGUCAUCGUCCUUGCGGCCACCAACCGAGCUGACAUUUUGGACAACGCUCUGCUGAGGCCAGGCCGACUGGACCGACACGUGUUCAUCGACCUUCCCACACUGCAGGAAAGGAGGGAGAUCUUUGAGCAGCACCUGGAGAACCUGAAGCUGACGCGAGCCAGCAGCUUUUACUCCCAGCGGCUGGCGGAGCUGACGCCGGGCUUCAGCGGCGCUGACAUCGCCAACAUCUGUAACGAGGCGGCCCUGCACGCUGCGCGGGAGGGGCACACGGCCGUGCACACGUCCAGCCUGGACUACGCCGUGGAGCGCGUCUUGGCCGGGGCCGCCAAGAAGAGCCAGGUGCUUUCCAAGGAAGAGCAGAAGGUGGUGGCGCUGCACGAGUCGGGCCACGCCCUGGUGGGCUGGCUGCUGGAGCACACGGAGGCCGUGGGGAAGGGUUUUCCAUUCGACGACAGAGAGUCAGGCAGACUAGUCGUGCCGAGAAAGCCCCCUUGCCCCGUGCUCGGCACUCUGCCAGGCGAGGUGUCCAUCGCGCCGCGGACCAACGCAGCCCUGGGCUUCACUCAGAUUCUCCCAAGAGACCAGCACCUCUUCACCAGGGAGCAGCUGUUUGAGCGGAUGUGCAUGGCCCUGGGCGGCCGCGCGUCCGAGUCCAUCUCCUUCAACAGGGUCACUUCUGGGGCGCAGGACGACCUGAGGAAGGUCACGCGCAUCGCCUACUCCAUGGUGAAGCAGUUCGGGAUGGCGCCCAGCAUCGGGCCUAUCUCCUUCCCCGAGGCCCAGGACGGCGUCCCAGGCAUCGGACGGCGUCCCUUCAGCCAGGGCCUCCAGCAGAUGAUGGACCAUGAAGCGAGGCUGCUGGUGGCCGCGGCCUACAGGCACACCGAGAAGGUGCUUCGGGACAACCUGGACAAGCUGCAGGCGCUGGCGAACGCCCUGCUGGAAAAGGAAGUGAUAAACUACGAGGACAUCGAGGCCCUCAUCGGCCCGCCCCCCCACGGGCCCAAGAAGAGGAUUGCGCCACAGAGGUGGAGCGACGCCCAGAGGGAGAAGCCGGAGGCGGGGGAGGCGGAGGCGGCCGGCAGCAGCCCCUGCAGGGGGAGGAGCCGUCCUGGCCCCGGUAGCUGGACCACCUUGCUGGCCGCCGGAGCCGGUCCCUCCUCUCAGCCCUCGCUGGUCUCAGCUCAAGGCCCCUGAGAUCUAUUUAUUGACUUCCCUGUGCAGGACAAGUAAAUGUCUCUGUAGAGA